ACCUUAUUCAUUUAUUUAUAUAUACUCUUACAUCCAUCAAGAAGAAGACAACCCGCCACCCAUGUUGUAAGCCGCAACGGUUCAACCAAAAUGGGAGGGAAGAUUUCCCGCCAUUUAUCCUUCUCUCUCCCUCUAAAAUCCCCCUCCUUUCUCUCUCUACACUCCCUUUCCCUCUCUGCCUAAAACCCUAGCAAAAAGUCCCUGCCUUGAUUGAUUUCUCAUAAAAAUGGCAGAUACUCCAAAGAAAUCUAUUCAAUCCCCAAGUAAGAAACUCAAAAAACAAGCAACAUCUCCUUCUUCUGUUUCAGCCACUCCUCAGACCCCACGAACACUAGAUCCUCCUCGUCGAUUCUCUCCCCGUUUAUCACUCAAAGUUAAUGCCCCGCAAGAACCCAUUUCCCCAAUUGAAAAACCCACCAAAGAUUCACUCAAAACCCCACCAAAUAAAUUGGUCGAGGCCCCUCGAGAAUCUAGGAUUGAUUCGUCGAAAACCCGGAGAAAUUUGAGUAAAAAUGAAUUGAAAAGGACUCCAAGAGGCGAGAAAGACAAUGGGUGCUCAAAAACCCCGAAAUCAAAGUCUGAGGUGCUUGAGGUUGGUGUUGAAUUCUCUCCUGUUUCGCCGGAUCAAUCGGAGACAAAGAAAAGGAGAAGGGGUGAAGAGAAAGAGAAAGAGAAAGAGAAAGAGAGAAUGGUGAUAACGAGAGCGAUGACAUCGAAGAGUAAAACAGCAAAAACCGAUAAAAUGAGUGGAAAGAAGAGGGUUUAUUAUAAGAAAGUGGUGUAUGAUGAGGGUGAAUUUGAGGUUGGAGAUGAUGUGUAUGUGAAGAGGAGAGAGGAUGCUAGCUCAGACGAUGAGGUCCCAGAAUUGGAAGAGUGUCGAGUGUGUUUUAAGGCAGGGAAGGCAGUAAUGAUUGAGUGUGAUGAUUGUUUAGGUGGGUUUCAUUUGAAAUGCUUGAAACCUCCUUUAAAGAUAGUGCCUGAAGGAGAAUGGAUUUGUGGGUUUUGUGAGGCAAGGAAAUUGGGUAAAGAGGUUCAGUUACCAAGGCCACCUCCAGGGAAGAAACUGGCUCGAACGUUGAGGGAUAAACUUCUUUCUAGUGAUUUAUGGGCUGCCCAUAUAGAAAGUAUUUGGAAAGAGGCAGAUGGGAGCUAUUGGUUUCGGGGACGGUGGUAUACGAUACCUGAAGAAACUUCUGCUGGACGACAGCCUCACAAUCUGAGGAGAGAGCUUUAUCAGACAAAUGAUUUUGCUGAGAUUGAGAUGGAGUCUAUCAUUAGGCACUGCUUUGUCUUGAAUCCCAAGGAGUAUGCAAAGGCCCACGAUGAAGGAGAUGACAUUUUCAUGUGCGAAUAUGAAUAUGACAUACAUUGGCACAGUUUCAAGCGUUUAGCUGAUAUUGACAAUGGUGAUGAGGAAGGUGAAAAUUCUGACACUGAUGAAGAUUGGAAAUCUUCCAAGGAUGCUGAGUCUGAUACAGAUGAAGAUGUAGAAUAUGAAGAGGAAAAAGUUAUAAACUUACAAUCUAGAGCAUCCUCAGCUCAUGAGUUAGCUGCUAACUCACGAAAGGGGAAGUUCUUUGGACUUCAGAAAAUUGGGACAAAGAGAAUCCCAGAGCACGUGAGAUGCCACAAGCAGACUGAACUGGAGAAGGCAAAAGCAGCUCUUGUGUUGGCAAAAUUGCCAAAAUCUCUACCUUGCAGGAAUAAAGAGAUGGAGGAGAUUAGUGCAUUUGUAAAAGGUGCAAUCUGUGACAAUCAGUGUCUGGGUCGCUGCCUUUAUGUUCAUGGUGUUCCUGGAACUGGAAAGACAAUGAGCGUGCUUGCAGUAAUGAGGAACCUGAAGUCUGAAGUUGAUGCAGGAAGCAUAAGACCAUACUGUUUUGUGGAUGUUAAUGGUCUUAAGUUGGCAUCACCAGAGAAUAUUUACAGGGCUAUAUAUGAAGCGUUGACUGGACACAGAGUAAGUUGGAAAAAGGCUCUGCAUUUGCUAAAUGAGCGAUUUUCAGAUGGAAAGAGAACUGGUAAAGAAGAUGACCGGCCUUGUAUUCUACUCAUUGAUGAACUUGAUCUUCUUGUGACCAGAAAUCAGUCGGUUCUAUAUAAUAUUCUUGAUUGGCCAACUAAGCCACAUUCUAAAUUGAUUGUGAUAGGAAUAGCAAAUACUAUGGAUCUUCCAGAAAAGCUGCUUCCUCGUAUUUCAAGCCGUAUGGGUAUACAAAGGCUUUGUUUUGGUCCCUAUAAUUAUCAACAGCUUCAGGAAAUCAUUUCAAGUCGCCUUAAAGGAAUCAAUGCAUUUGAAAAGCAAGCUAUAGAAUUUGCUUCAAGGAAGGUAGCAGCUAUUUCAGGAGAUGCACGUCGUGCUCUAGAAAUUUGCAGGCGUGCAGCUGAAAUUGCAGAUUACCAAAUUAAGAAAUUGAGCUCCAAUCAUAAUCCAGCUCCAGAAGGAAAGGGCCUUGUCGGUAUGUCAGCAGUUGAAGCAGCCAUUCAGGAAAUGUUCCAGGCGCCUCAUAUUCAAGUAAUGAGAAGUUGUUCCAAACUAAGUAAAAUUUUCUUGGCAGCUAUGGUGUACGAGCUGUAUAAAACAGGGAUGGCUGAGACAUCCUUUGAAAAGUUGGCAAUGACUGUUUCAUGUAUUUGUACAAGCAAUGCAGAAGCAUUUCCUGGUUGGGACAUCCUCUUGAAACUUGGCUGCAUGCUAGGUGAAAGCAGGAUAAUUCUAUGUGAACCAGGAGCUAGACACAGUUUGCAGAAGUUGCAGCUCAAUUUUCCAAGUGAUGAUGUAGCUUUUGCAUUGAAAGACAGCAAGGAGAUACCCUGGUUGGCCAAGUAUUUAUGAUUUAAGGUCAUGAUAAUCACAUCCAGUUCUUUCUCAUUCAUUUAUAUGAACAAUUUUGACCUUUACAUCUCAAAUCUUAUUUACCAUCCAUACAAGAUAUAGACUUUCAACUUUCGCUGUCAAAGUAGAACUGUUUUUCGUUUUUUAUUUUCAACUUCGGCCAUGAAAAACUGUACUUUGUUCUGAGGCACUUCAUUUAUCUUUGACGGCAACAUGAAAUUAAUAAGGUUGAAGGAGAUCCAAGUUUGCUAUA